AUGUGGUCCCAAUACCGAACAGUUGAUGAAGGAAUGGCAGACAGUAAGUAUACAAUUUUUUUGAAUCAUGGUGGUAAGUUUCUCAGCUUGGAUGGGUUAUUCGAUUAUUAUGGGGGUGACCUGUGUGCCAUACAUGGAUUGCAACCAGAUAAGUUUUCUUACAUUCACUUGAAAGGAGAAAUACAGAAAUUGGGUUACAAGGACUGGAAGAAAAUCUGUUACAAGAUUCCGGGAAAAGAUGUAUUUACAGAUAUUUCUAGUGACAGUGAUAUGAGGAGUAUGAAAAAGAUUGGAAGGCCGAGAUUACAGGACAGAAUGUGUCCUCCUGUAAAUGAGGUUCCUGAUGCAAUUCAGAAUGACAGAACAUGCCAUUUAGAAAAAGAAAAAUCUACCCCUAUGGAAGGCAGAAAGAGGAAAAUGCCAGUUAGACAGAGAACUACACAAUCUGGCCAGGGGCAAAUGUACAAGGAUAGAGCAAUGGGCUUUUAUUAA